CUAGACAUUUAUAUAAAUAGAGGGGUACACGUGUCUCAUGAUCGAGGUUUUGGGUCGCUGAAAAAUGUCCUAGAUACGGAGGAAAAACGCUUAAUUUAUACACUUCUAUUGUUAUAAUGGCCGAUUUCGGCCGGGUCUUCAAUGUUGUUCAACGUCCUUUCAUGGUUCAACCGUAGAACCAUUUUAGCUGGCCUGGUAACGUUUUCAACAUCCAGGCUUCGCCAGGUUUGUUAUAUGUUACAGAGGAUAGGGAUCGUUGGCUAUGCCCCAUGCUCUUGCUAGGAUCAGUUUACAUACAUGUAAGCAUACACAUGCAUUAUCUUUCAGACAUUCGUUUGUUUCAGAUAUUCGCACACACGUUUCACAACUUUCAUGUUCUUAAUUUAGUGACACGAAUUUAAUUACUUGUGCGUCUUACAAAUUGUAUUGGUAGCCUUACAAAUGUAAGAGAGCAUGUUGUUUCCAUAGGGAUUUAAGUUCAGGGUAAAUAUUGACAUGUGAUAAAGGUAACCUGCGAAAAACAACCCGUCCUUAGAUUGACACAAAAACGGUUUAAUUUUAGAACGCCCUCGGUUGGUUGAAAACGGGGUUUUAAAAUGACUAUUUUUUCCUUUUUUUUUCCAUAGAAAAGCUUAAUUUCCAUAAAGAUUAAUCAGUUCUUUCAAAAAUUACUCUUUAAAUUGAAAAUAGACAAGGCUUCUCUUGUUACGAAGUACGAGAUAAUUUGUCGAGUCAGUAAAAACUUCAAUAUUGAAAGACAGACAGUUUGUUGUUAUUCCAGCUGAAAGAUGGAUUUUGGCCAAGAAACCCAUUAAAAGUUAAAAAGUAAAUAUGCUUCGCUUAAAAAAUAAUACUGCGAACCUUAACAGAUUUUAGUCCUUAAAAUGGAUUUCUCUGAAAAAGUAUCUUUUCUUUUUCUGUUAUUCACAGCUGGAUAAGAGUUGUGGAUAGGCGUUUUAAUGAUCAGCGGUUGAGCACAAUGGCAGCUGCAUGUGAUCAUUGUUACAUGUGCAGUGAAGUGAACUGCAGUCUCAUUUGAAUUGGAAAUUGAAAUUGUCCACGAGUGAGGACCAAAAUAAAACAAAAACACCUAACACAACAUCUAAAUGUGCUUGACACCUGAGUCGAAACUGAAAUGUACUCGAGCGUGACACGAUGCAAUAUAUACAAUGGUGCCGAGAAGCUAAUACAGAGGUUCUGACAACAGUAAGAAUAUUAUUUUUUUUCAAAAACAAUGCACAUGGCUGAACACACAGGAACAGAUAUCGACGACAACGAUCAUAAAUUUGAAUCUUUUCAACCGAUUGAAGAAUUAGACAUUCACGCUCCGAUCGUCGGCUACGAAGUUGUGGAAGCAAGAAAACGAUUUACGGUGUACCAGAUCUUUGUGCAACUGGCAGGAGAGCGAAGCUGGCAUGUUUUCCGACGAUAUUCCGACUUCGUUCGCUUGGACGAAGGAUUGAGAAAGCUCUUCAACGAUUUUCACGGCAUCCUUCCACCUAAAAAGUAUUUUGGGGACAAUUUUGAUCCUGCUUUCAUCGAAAUGAGAAAGCAAGGACUUCAAGAGUACAUCGACAACGUUAUCAUAAGACAAGACGUUAUAUCAGCACGGCCGGCUGUGGAGUUCUUUUGCUUCGACGAUCCACCCGGACCGCACGAUAGCCUUGAAGAAAGUAGAGCGUUCAUUGAAACGUUAGAAGACACAGUGAAUGAGAUGAGGAACAGACAUCAGGAACUAGCGUCGGAGAUCAGGCUGGUGAAGUCCCAGCUUCGCCAGUCUCAAGCACAGAAGCAAGCGCUUUUGAUUGCAUUGCGGUCCGAGCGCGUGUUGAAUGGAAAACCAUCGCACGACGACGACGAUUUUCAACUUCUGUCUGAGUAUGCCAGACUGCCAGAGGUGGCACAACUUGAUUUCAAACUUUUCUCGAGGAGUAAUUUAAGAAUUAACGAGGAAACCUCGCGGCAAACGCAUCGUUUGAGAUCCAACCGGUUUCCAACUUCCACAGCAGCUAGUCAAUGGGAUCUUCGAGUUGAGACGGCUGAGGGAUUGGCUAAGCGAACGCCACCUUUACAAGGUAGAAGGACACGUUCUACCUCAGAUCUGUCACAUUCAAGAAAUCAUAGAAAGCGAAAUCUGACCCAUUUGCCUUCAAACUCAGGCAGCCGUGGAGAUUUGACGUUAUUAGACAAAUUUAUGACCCAAAGCACGGAGGCACUGCAAUUUAUAAGAAACAGUGUUCGACAGAGAUUAGGUUCAGGUACGCAACCCACCACGGCGGCUGAUGAAUAAAACGGAAUCAUGUGGUUUUUAAGUUUUUGUUCCUACAGUUUAAUGUUACCCUUCAAUUUUGCAGUCAAGCGAAAACGAAGGACAAACAAAUGGAAACUCUUCCUUCCAGGUUUUACUGAACAAAUGCUUUGCGAGAACUACAAUAUAAUAAAUUGCUGAUAUUGGCUUAUGGCAUACGCAAUUUGAUGAAAAUACAUCCACCGUAAUAUUGAGGAGAAAAACCGCAAAAGUUAUACUUCAAAUGAAAAGAAAGUACAAAACAUUACAGUCAGAAAUUUAAUACUUGCAUGCGAAAUAAAGCUCACAUUCAUGUUGCAAGGGUGUCACAAAUGCCAAUGAAUUAAAAAUUAAGCAUCUUUUCGAGAGAAACAAGAAUCUUCCACCAAUUUCGAAGUGAUGCUAAGCUCUCUUUCUAGAACUAUCAAAGUACACGACACUUUGGCAUAAAUGGUAUUCCACAGCUUCAGAUCUCCGUGCAAACUAAGAAAGAUUGAAUAUUUUCGUGCCAACUCGGUAAAUAAAAAAAGGACUAAACCAGACGAACGUUUAACAUAUCAAGGGAGGGAAGAGUUUGUACCUGCUGUUAAUAUUGUAUAUUAAUCAUGCCAAGAACCGCCUACCAUUAAAAUGUACUCUUUCCAAAACUAAAACUCUGAUUAAAAAGGGUCUUCUCGAAA